AUGGGGGGAUGCCAGUCCGCGUGCUCCGCGCGCGAGCGCAACGUGCUCGACGCCCUGGACGAGCUCGGCGUGCGUCGCGACCGGCUCGGCGGCGUGGACCGGUGGACGUCCGCGUCGCUGCGAAAGCUGUACGUCGCGUUCAAACGCGCGGACAAGGAUGCGAACGGGCGAGUGGACUCGAACGAGCUCGCGAGGAUGUUCAAGCUCAGGGACGACGUGUACGUGCAGAGGCUCGUGGAGGUUCUCGACGUCGACGGCGACGGCGUCGUCGACUUCAAGGAGUUCGUCGUCGGCCUCGCCGCGUUCGUCCUGUCCGGCUCCUUCGGCCGCGUCAGAUUCAUGUUUCGACUCUUGGACCUCAACAACGACGGGCGGUUCAGCAAAGACGAGCUCCUCGUCGCCAUCAAAGCCGCGGAGGCGCGGCGUAAGGACGAGGCCGAGGUGAGGCGGAGUCGGCGCGGCGGCGACGUGUGGGGGGAUCGACGCCGCGCGAACGAGGACGACGCGUCGUUGGCGCCGUACGCCGCGGAUCUCGUUCGAGACUUUGAAGCGCGGUGUCCCGCGGAGCUCGGAUACGACGAGUUCGUGAACGCCGUGAGCAAUCACCCGCGCGUCUUCGCGCCCGCGAACCAGAUGUGGAACGCGCUCAGGGUGUACGCGGACCCCGCGGUCGCGCUCGUGCGAGAGCUGCGACGCGCGGGCGACCGCACGUUUUUCGACGGGACGGUGUUGGAGGGCGGCAGAGCCGCGGACCUGUUCGCCGCCCCGCCGGACGUUCCGGGGCGACUGAGACGACGCGUCGCCGGGCCGGUCGGCUCCGGGCCGAGCGCGGUCGCGGAUAAGCGGCUGUGGGCGUGGCUGAACGACCCGAAGCACGCGAGCGGCGGCGGCGGCGGCAGCGGCGGCGGCGGCGGCGGCGGCGGGAGCGGCGGGAGCGGGAGCGGCGCGGCGCCGUCGACGUCGUUCAAGGCGAGGAUCCGAAGGGCGCUCACGCCGACGAAGAGCGCGCGGCGACGCGCGCGCGCGCACGCGUACGAGACCGACGACCCAGACUCCCCGCGGUCGACCGCGCCGACGAUGUCCGAGUACCUCGCGGAGGAGCUCCUCGAUCAAGACGCGACGGCGUUGGGGAUGGCGAGCCCGGGAGCGCGCCGCGACCGCGCGCGAGGGGUCGGGGGAGCCGGCGGCGGCGGCGGAUCCGGAUACCCACCCGGGUUCGUCGACGACGGCGGCGGUGGCGGGAAAGCGACGACGAAAGGGGGAUGGGGCGGCGCGGACGACGGCGGGUGGAACCCGAGCGACUCGGGCUCGGACUCGGACGCCUCGCGCGACGCGUCCUUCUCGGACGUCACGAUGAACGAGAUAUGGUCGUCGUUGCGACGCGCGCCGAGCCGCGAUGGCGAGACGCUGACGCGUCGAAGAGCGCUCGGGAAGGUGCCAAAGACGCCGACCGCGUCCGCGCGUCGGCUCGCCGCGCUCGAGGAGGCGGAGGCGCUCGCGGCGAACCCGGUGCCGAAAGACUACUACACCAAAGGGCUCGACGCGGGCGUCGCCGCGAAGAAGGUCGUCCUCGCGAAGCGGGCGGCGCGCGCGUGGCGCGAGAAGGAUAAGGAAAACGCGCCCGCGGGCUCCGCGGCGGCGCGCUGGGGCGCGAAGACGGCGAACGACGAGCGGAACCGGAACCGGAACGACGCCGCGUCGGAUUCCGCGUCCGUCGCGUUUCGCCGACGCGUCGCGAAUCACAUCGAGGCGACGCCGACGUUCACCAGGGAGGAGGCGGCGCGGCUGGGCAUAGACCCGCGCGCGACCUUCGGCGGCGCCGGCGCGCUCGAGGACUGGGAGGAGCUCGAGGCGACGACGGAGGAGGAGACGCGCCGCGCGUUUGGCGUCUUGGAGCGCUCGCGGUCGAAGGCGGCGGAGAACCGAGGGCGGUUCGCGGCGUACAAAGCCGCGAGCGGCGUCAGGCGGCGGGAGUGAAUACCUUCUUUUAGUCUAGCUACAACUAGAGAGAGCGUCUUUGAAGCGCGCACGUAGAGAUUAGAAAAAUGUUAUUAAGUACGAAGGUAAUUAGU